CAAAAUUUCUAACCUCACUUUUGGAAGUCGCAAAAAACAAAAUAGUAGAAAAUUACACAAAAUUAAAUAAAAUCUCAUAAAAAUGAGGUUGACUCAGGUUCUAUCUUCCGCCCCAAACAGGACAAAUGCGAGGAGACCGCAAGUAGAGCCAGUUCCCUUUAAAAUGCUCUUACCCCUAGAGUUAAGAAAAUUUGUAUCUGGAAAAGGGGAUAGAUCAAAAGAAGCUGCUUGUAUGCAAGAAAUGGCUGUGUUGUUUGCGUGUUUUAAGAAAAGUGAGUUCAAUCAGCAAGAAUGUUUGAAGGAGGUGUCUGCCUUUCAAACCUGCUACAAUGAUUACAAUGAGAGACUAAAACUCCAGAGAGAACAAGGCAGGAAGGGAAUACUAGUCCCAGGGGAAAAGACCUUAACUCAUAGACAAAUGAACCAACUUUUAAGACAAUUUCCCCCAAGAAAGUAAGUUUGUUGCAGAUAGGAUAAAUAAUUAGUUGCCUUUAAAUAGUUUGUAUUUAUGUAAUAAAUUAUCCUCAAUUUAA